AUGGCUAGCAGUCCAUCGUUGUUUCUCUGCAACUUUAUGCAGUUUCUUCGAGCAACAUACUGUUGUCCGCAUCGUCUUUUGGAGAGGAAGUGGCAUGAAGAGUUAUUUCAUCCUCUUACAGAACUACUCCUAACUGGAGUAGCCGAUGUAUUCAACAAAGUUGAUGAAAAAAGUGAAGAUUUCCAGACUCUCUUAGAAGUAUUAAAGGUAUCUUCCCAAGGUUUCCAUGCAAAAUGGUCUUUCCUGCCAAUUCCAGACGAAGUUCACGAUCUUCUUUUUACUCUUGGUCAUCCAGUCUUGCAGUUGGUUGUAAAAGCUUUAGAUUUAUCAGAAACAAAGAUUCGAGAAUUAGCAGAAGCCAAUAUUAAGAAUACAGUGCCGGGUCUGCAUGUACAUGACAAAGAUAGGGAAAUCUUUUCCAAGACAGAUGAAAGGAAUUACUGGUCGAUAUGUGGGGGAAGAUUGUAUCAUUUUAAUGUCACGAUAUCAAUCCUGAUUCCAGAUAUUUCCAGCCUAAAAACUAAUAUUCAUACUGAAGAAGCAAAGUCUAAACAUAUGCGCAAAACCAAUGAGUUUGAAAUUUUGCUCUCUAUGCAGAAAGAUUAUAGGCAUACAUGUAAUUCAAUUGCGAAACUUUUGGCCUACGGUUCCUCUAGCUUGCCGUUGCCAUUUUAUGUGGUUGAAAAUCAUCCUCAAGGCUUGUUGGAAAGGCUGUUGGAAGCAAGAAGGUCCCACAAGUGGCUUCCUAGAUCAUGGAUGUACGAACGCUUGCAAGAGAUGGCGAGCUGUUUUACCUAUCUGCAUUCACACCGCAUUGUGCAUCGCGAUAUUACAUUACAUUCGUUCUGUUUGAAAACGUGUCUGACCUCGGGAAAAUGCAUGGCUGUGUUACAAAAGUUGGAGCUUGCUCACAGCACGACAGACGCCUCUUCUAGCACGCAUAUUUCAGUCAUCAGUGGGGAUUGGAUACCUAUCCGAUGGUCGGCUCCGGAGUCUAUACUACAUGGAAAGUAUGAUUUAAAAACAGAUGUCUGGAUGUUUGGUCAUACCAUACAUGAGAUGUUCACAUACGGUUGUGAACCAUAUACAGAACUUUACAGCGAAAACACGGAAGAUGUGAUCAUAAGGGUUGUUGCACAGAAAAUCAAGCCCUACAAAUGGAAAUGCAUACCACAUUCAUUUCACAUUCUUUCAACACACUGUUACGAUAUACAUCCUGAAAAGAGACCGCCCAUGCACGUAGUUGAAAAAGAGAUACAAACAUUACGAAGAGACCAAUCGUCUCGGGGAAGCUUGGAUAUUGGCAGUUAUACUGUACCACAUAUCGGGGAUAAACAACUAAAGAGGGAACACAAACCAGAAAGACAAUAUACGUUUCCUUCAAGUUCCAACAUUCUGUGUAUAGCUGAAGAAAUGUCGAAGAAUUCAAAAGAGGAAAACGUAAACACUCUUUUACGAUUGUUGUUUGCGGUUGUCAAGCAUGUGAAACAAAUCCACAGCAUGAAGUGGUUAAUGGUAGACUUGACUGGCAAAUAUGUUUUUAUUGUUGACAAGCAAGACAUGCCAAGGGUAUUCCAAAAUUGCAAUUUUGAAUAA